AUGAGUUACCUGGACCAAAUAACCGAUGUGUUUGCUGAAUUUAUUGUAGUCAGUGACGAUGUGCAAGAUCAGACAGUAAUGAGGAUAGAGGACCUAGGAAAGGCACUAGAGUUACUCGGUUUACCCAAUGAUGAGAAGAGCGUUAUAACAUACGCUUUGAAAUUAGAUGCACGGAAUACAGGAUUCGUAGAAUUCGAGCGCUUUGUAGAGGUUAUUACUGAAGCAUUAGAUACUGAGGUGCAACGGGCACCUUCAUUGCAAAGAGACUUAGAUGAACGACUUAAUGCUAAGGAAGGGACAAGUGCAGUGAGCCAGUCGCUUGAUGCUUCGACUGCGACAAAGAGUAGCCAAUCUGAUUCAGAUGAAGGUGCUGGUUUCGUUGUUGACGACGACGACAGUGAAGGAUAUGUCCCGAGCGAUCAGGAUGCUGCAGCGCCUGACUCAGAUUCGGAAGGAGGUGGCUUUUUCCAAGAAGACGAUUCAGAAUUCAUUCCAGAAGAAUCUCUCCCCAAUGUUCCAGUUGUGGAACGUGAGGGCGAAGGGGCGGAUGCUCGACUCAAAUCUGUUAAGGAAGCGUUCCUAUUGUUCACCAAUGGUGAAGACCGACCGAUCACUCUGUCAGACUUACGACGAAUUGCACAUGACGUUAAAGACAAUGCCAGCGAUGAACAGCUCCAGGAUAUGCUUGCCCUGUCAAGCAAUAAAAACUUUGUAAACCUUAGCUCUUUUGAUAGUAUCAUGAAACAAGCUAAUGCAAUGUAA